AUGCGUGAUAGUGGAAAUGAACAAAUUAAAACUGAAGCUAUUAGUAUUUGUGAUAAAGUUGGAAUAAAAUCUGAAUUAAAAAUCAAAAGGACAAUAAAAAGGAAAGUUAUGAGUGGAGAAAAUUCAUCGGGUGAAGAUAUUUCUGCAGAUCAAUUUUUAACAUUGGAAUACUACAAAGUUCUUGAUAAUAUGAUGGCUCAAAUGAAAUGGAGGUUUGAACAAUUAUCAAAUAUUGCUGAUGAUUUUCAAUUCCUUUCUGCUCAUUCACUAUCUGUUACACGAGUUGAAAAAUUGAAAAAAUAUGCAGCUGAUUUAGCUAUCAAAUACAACGAAGAUAUUGACCAGGAAAUAAAUAACGAAAUCGAAUUUUUUAAAUAUCAAGUAAAAGCAAUUUUACCAGACUUAAACGCAACUGCUUCAAAUAUUUUAAGCGCAAUUAAAAAAUAUGAACUUGAUUCAACUUGUCCAAACUUAAUGACUGCAUAUAGAUUGUUUCUUACCAUGCCUGUUACCGUCGCUUCCGGGGAACGCUCUUUUGGUAAAUUGAAACUAACUAAGACGUAUUUACGGUCAACCAUGUCGCAAAACAGAUUAACCAAUUCUGCAAUAUUAUCAAUUGAGCAUGAAAUAAAAAAAUGCAUUGAUUUUGAAGACGUCAUUGAAGAUUUUGCUUCAAUAAAGUCCAGAAAAAUUAAGUUUUAA